AUGUGGGCAACGUGGGGCGGGACGGAAGCCUCGUUGGGUCAGACCGUGGCGACGCGGGAAGUCUGGACGCCGUAGCUGCCUGAAGAGGAGGCCUGAGGCGGAGGGCCGGCCCCAGCGGCGGCAAUGGCGGAAAGGCCGGAGGACCUAAACCUCCCCAAUGCCGUCAUCACCAGGAUCAUCAAGGAAGCGCUCCCGGACGGUGUCAACAUCUCCAAGGAGGCCCGGAGCGCCAUCUCCCGCGCCGCCAGCGUCUUCGUGCUGUACGCCACAUCCUGUGCCAACAACUUCGCGAUGAAAGGGAAACGCAAGACUUUGAAUGCCAGCGAUGUGCUCUCAGCCAUGGAAGAGAUGGAGUUCCAGCGGUUCAUUGCCCCGUUAAAAGAAGCUCUGGAAGCGUACAGGCGGGAGCAGAAAGGCAAGAAGGAAGCUUCAGAGCAAAAGAAGAAGGACAAAGACAAAAAAACAGAUUCAGAAGAACAAGACAAGAGUAGGGAUGAGGACAAUGAUGAAGAUGAGGAAAGGCUGGAAGAAGAAGAGCAGAAUGAAGAGGAGGAAGUGGACAACUGAAUAGGGUGAGGAGGCUGUGGCACCUUGGAAGGCACCACUCUGAAAUGGGGUGUAACGUUUCUAUUGAAGCUUUUUCCUACUGGGCAGAGCACUUAGGCAGAAGAGCCUGAGAACAUCGAAAUGAGAACUGGCUAGAAUGAUCAAAACCAGCACUUCCAGACUCAGAGCAUCUGAGGAGCAGAAUCCGGUUUUGCUUAAUCGGUCUGACGAUUAUGACUUUGGGGCAAGAGGAUCCUGAACGGAUCGUUUAACCAGUCAAUUUGAUCUCUCUUGUUCACUUUUCUAUGUGAUGAGGCAGGUUUUGAUUCUCAGUUCCCUCCCAUCCUUACCCCCACCAAAAAUAACAACUUCCAUGCCCACCUGCUGUGUCCCAAAUCACAGAGGCAGCCAGAGGCUUAGGAAAAAUUGUGGCUUUGAUCAUGGUCAGCCUGCUUGCACAGCAUUUGAAAAUACUAGCUAUUAUAAGUAGUCGAAGGACUUAGCUCUGGGAAGCUACUACAAGGCCGUGGGAGAACAAUGGGAUCUGUUCUGUGGUCUCUUUACUUGACGGUCACAAUUGGAUUUUGUCUUUUACAGACCCACUUGGCUUGGGGCCCUUCUGCAAUAUAUUGUCUGCAGACAUUUGACCUGUUGGUGUGGCUGCAUUCUAGGCAAAUACGCUUUUAAAUCAGCAUUCUCGAAUUAGUCAAGCAAGUGUGCCAGUGUCUAACUGUUAGAAAACACAUGGUUUAGUCUUAGAUGCACCUCACUGCCUUCCGCUAUACAAUGUUAGGAUUUAUUGUGACCCGGAAGAUACAAAAUUCCAGGCUUUCUCUUCUUAUAGUCCAUCUCCCAGACUUGUGACUAUAGCUUUUCAUUCUUCCAGUUCAUGAUAAGUUCCAAACUAUUUCUUCUAGGCACAGCUUUCUCCUUCUGUGCUUCUCACUUGUCUCUCUUCUGCCUUUCCUUUGCUCCCCAUUCCCACUAUCCCCCCCUUUUCUCGGCUUCUGUCAGUCCAAAAACUUUAAUAACCUGCUUAAUAUCCCAAAGUACAGGUUCCUCUGAUUUCUUAAGUCCAAUCUCAUGUCUUUUAAAAAUGACUUUGUGAACCUCUCUGAAUCUUAAGGGAAGUCUGAAGUGCUCAAGAAUCUAAUCCCCCCAUUGCCAAACCAUCCCCUUUAACUGCUUGUAAAAUAUCUCUGUUGACCUUUCUUAGCUUUUUUUUUUUUCUUUUUCCAUUUAGUGCUCCAAGCACUCUAUUGUCUUUAAGAAGGUUGACAGGUAGUGAAGUGUAGUUUGACACUGUUAAUUUGUGAAAUGAAUACAGUGAAAAGUUGAUAAAUGAGUGAAGAAUGUUGAAAAAAUUAAAGUGCUUUGUACAAAUAAAGAACAUUCUUGUUAAAAGUGA